GUAAUUUUUCUAGAAUUUAGCAUCAACUCAUGGUGGAUAUUAGACUUUCACUAGCAUAUACAGACUGAAUCCGCGUAAACACAACGGCACUAAGACUAACCUCCGUUGCACUUAUUUUUAUCUCGGCAGAUUGUUUAAUACGUUACUUUUGUAUCAAAAGUGUAUCAAAAUGUCGAAAGAGAAACAGCAGUUUGACGUAUCCCUCGGUGGCGAGGAAAGGCUACCUCGUGAUGCAUCUUUUAAGAAUCUUGCUACAGCCAGAGCAAAUGAGAUGGCUGCGAUGACUUAUAAUCUCGAACACCCAAAUCAAACGAAACUAAUUUUCCAAAAACUACCGAUGCACAUGCGACGUCGUGUUAUGUCCCACAAUGCCAAACGCAUGCCAAGAAAAUUAAGAAAUGGACACAUCAGUCAAAUGACUAAAUCUGGCUUACCACCAAAAACAAAGCGCCCAUCUAGAAAGUUUAGACGACGACCGUGUAAUUUACUUUUGGAAUACAAUAGAAGGCAGAAAAAUAAAUUUUGGCUUGAAACUCAUAUAUGGCAUGCCAAGCGUUUUAAAAUGAUUGAAAAGUGGGGCUUCAAAUUGCCAUAUCAUUCCAAUGACAGAUGUUUUCGUGCAAAUUAUCGAGCAGUUGUCAAUCAUUGCCUAAUUCAAGACAUUUCUUAUUACACAUGUAUAGAGAUUAAAGGUCCAGAAGAAUUAUUGAAAGAAAAGUUAAAAAUGCAUUGUAAUCCGAAUGAAUUGACAUUUUGUGCAAAAGCAUUUAUCAAUGGAGAAAGAGAAGGUACAGUAAUGUUCUAUGAGAAGAAUAGUUGUCCAACUCAUCCUAUUGGAUAUGUAAACUUUUUAUGGAGACCUACCAGUAAAAAUAAUAUAAAAGCUAUUUGGAUUUGGAUACAUCCAUCAUUUUAUGAAGAAUUAUUGAAUUCAAUUAUAUCAAACUUUGAUUUUGAAUUGAAGAAAAGUAAAAGUAUUUUGGAUGCUGAAAGUGAUUGUAGCCAAGAAAAGCUCAACAGUCAAGAUCAGGAAAAUGUAGAAACUGGUCUGAAAAUAUUUUUGUUUACAAAAAUUCCUGUUUAUGAGAAUAGUCAUGGUUGUGAAUUGGUAGUUUUAAGAAACUGCUUGAAUAGAUUUCGUCUCUCUGGACCUCUAGCUUUGAGUAUAUUGACUGAUGCCUUCAAAAUUCCUAAUAUCAAUUCUAAAUUAAAUAAUGUACAAACUAAAAAGACUGUUAUGGAAAUAAAAAAUUCUGAAAAUGUUAACUGCGAAAAUGUAGGAGACUCUUAUGAAAUGGAAGUGGACAACAUUGAUAAAACUGAACAUUCAAUUGACUCUUGGUACAAAAGCUAUUAUGAAUCUCAAGAUAAUUUACAAGCAUUUAACAUUCAAAAUAAAGUUUAUAAUAAUAUAAGUAAUUUGAAAACUCCAAAUCAACUGCCUCCAAACAUGGUAUUAGCAUUGACAGUAUUAGAUCCUCGAUUUUUUCUGCCUAAUAAAAGAACUAAAUCACUUCCAAAUACAAAAGAUAAUGAAAUCAUUUCAAUGAUUCCAUCAUUAUUAAAUCAAAGUCCACUUUAUGAUAAAAAUAUAAGAAGUUAUGUUACUAAAAAUUGUAUAUCAGCAAGUGCCAUUAACAGUAUAAGAAGUCAAAGCUUAGUACCAGGUGUGGAAAACGAUCAGUUUUUCAACGAAGAUAUCAUGCAUAAGGUUCCAAUUCUUCUCAUCCAAAAACCUGGUAGUCAUGUUCAUAACAACAACAUUGGAUUUGGAGCCGGUAUUGACAUAAUCUUACCAGCUAGCUGGUCCAUGCCUUUUUGGCUUGCUCUGAUUUUGAGAUGUGCAAAACCUGGAGGAUUGAGAGAAGCGAAAUCAAUUGCUUAUGAAAACUCAAAUCUCAGUAUGCCUGCUUUAAAUCAUCCAGAUACUAAUGCCUUCAAGAUUGAAGCAGAUAUCAUAAAGAAAGAAUUGACCAAAAAAUAUUUCAAAUUACCUCCGAACAAACGUGUCAACUAUGUUAAAUUUGGUAUAUCUUCUCCAUUCUUUUGUGAAUGGAAUAUGCUUAUGAAAGAAUGGAACAAUGUAGAUGAUUUCUAUGUUUUGAAAGAUCAUAAUGUUCUUUCACUUUUAAGAGCAAAGCUCUGUUCAAAAACUAAGAAAAAGAACAAGGUUACUAACAAAGAAUUAAACGAAGAGUCAACUACAGUUAAUCUAGAUAAUUUGGUAGACAAUAAAAAUUGCUUUGUGCCUGUUAGAGUAAUUAUUGAAAGAAAAGGAUUACCUCAUGAUUUUUCUAUAAUUUGCUUACCAACAGAACAGGACUUGAUCAAACUAAUAGAAGAUCCUAGAUGGUGUGGACCAGAGGAUUCCAUAAAGACAGAUCCUAAUGAAGAGAAACGAAAGAAUUUGAGAAAAGAUCAUCUCACCCACUUAAAAAGAUUAAGAAAACAGAGAGUAAGAGCAAAAAAGAAAAUUAAAGCUGCAAGCUAUGAGAUACCUUUGGAAAAUUCUUCAGAGGCAAAACAUUUAAAUAAAAUUUGUCAACUUGUUAAGGAGAAAUUGUCAGAUGUAAAUAAAACAAUAAUUGAGCAGCAGUCUAAUACAAUGGCCAAUUUGUUUUUACCGAAAUGUGCAGCAGUAAGGCAUUCUUGUGAUAGAGAAGUUAUUGGAUAUGUGACUCAGGGUGGAUUUUCGUUUUCAGAGGCCAAAGGUGUAGGUUUAGGAUAUGUCGUUUUUUCUACAGUGUUAGAAUUAGUCAAUAAAAAUUCAAACAUUGUUUUAACAAGAAAUACGACAACUCGGAAAUACAGCAUAUGCCAAUUAGAUGUAUUAACUUGUUGACCAAGAAAUUAUAUAAAAUAUUAUAAUUUAUUUAUUGAAAGUUGUUAUAAUAUUUGGAUAAAAUCUAACUUUCUUUCCAAGUGUAAA